GGAAUCCAACAAGGAGAAUUGCCGCGGUGCGUAAUGUUCGGGUUUGGUAAGCCGGAGAAGACGCCUCGUGAGCGAGCGAAGGAAGCGAAGCGCGGUAUCGCACAGAGCCAACGAGAGCUCGAGCGGGAGAAAAUGGCCUUGGAGCGACAGGAGAAGCAACUGAUUGCAGACAUCAAGAAAGCAGCAAAGGAAGGCAACACUGGCGGGACAAAGAUUCUCGCUAAGCAGUUGAUUCAGUUGCGACAGCAGAAGGACAAGAUGACCAUGUUGAAAAGCAACUUGGGUAGUAUCGGGCUACAAACCACGUCCAUGGCGGCCCAAAUGACAAUGGUUGCAGCCAUAGAAAAGACCACAAAGACUAUGGCGAGCACAAGCAAGCAAAUGGAUAUGAACCGCUUCCAGAAAGUCAUCAUGGACUUUGAAAAGCAGAGCGAAAUGAUGGGCAUGCGGGAAGAAAUGCUCGACGACACCUUGAUUGAUGCCUUCGAUGACGAAGAGGUCGAAGCCGAAGGCGACGCCGUCGUCGACCAAGUGCUAACAGAAAUUGGGCUCGACUUGGGGUCCCUCAUGGCUGAUGCACCAACCCGCCAGGCAAAUGCCACAGCCGCCAUGGAUGCCCUUCUUCCAGACGUAACGUUGCUGCCCACUCCUACCAAAGUCACUGCCGCAUCGCUGCAGUAAUCCACAUUCACACGCUCCUUCACAACCACAACAUGACAUCAGUUGCGAAUAUGUGCAGAGCGCUCAACACCCCGCCAUUCAGUAUCGGUCCUGCGAUUGCAUUACCCCCUCUUAUGCUUCAGUCAUAGUGGUCGCAGAUAAUCUCGACAGUACUUGAAGCCCUGGGGCCGCUGGGCGGGCCAUCCACACAGCGAGAUCAACGUCCUCGUCAUCUGGCACCUUUGUGAUGGAGAUCGACACGGAUAAAUACGGCGGGUAUGGCUGCGACUCCUACAAUUCAGCGUAGAGCGGAUGAGUGAGUAUAUCAUGCAUCGACUACCGAGUUUCCAUGCGCAUUACCAGCAACGCGUCAGCG